GGAUGCUGCACGGCCCCAUACCUACCCUUUGGUCAUCGCCGCCCCGUCCUCUGGGCCGUUGUGCAGAUUCCUCCAGGAUUCGGGACUGACAUCCCUCCCCUCCAGACCCACACGGGCUCCUCUGUCCUUUCCCAGCAGAGACCCAAGCAGGUUUUGUAAUUCAUUCACCUGUGCACUGCCCCAAACAUGGACUUCGGUGUGUGUUGCAGGUGUCCAGCUUCACCUUGGGCAGUGCUGGCAGCAUCACUCAGCUGAGAACUGUCUGCUGCUCUCAGCCCUCAGGUGGCCUCCGGGUGCCCUUCCAGCCCUGGGUGACAGACACCUUAAGACUUCUUGUUUAGUGAAGAACCAAGCAGACAUUAAACUCCACCUGAUAAUAAGCAUCUCUGCUGUCGCUUGGAGAGAAGGCAGAUUAGCUAGAAGAUCUACCUGUAUUACUGGAUGAGCAGAAGCUUCGGGACACAAGAUGACCAAGUCCCAGGGAUCUGCGGCACAGUGAGGUGCCCACAGCCAUGGAGGCUGUGAUACUGCUGGCAGGGUAAGAACAGAUUGAAACACCACUGGAGUUGGUCAUUUAGGAGACAUUACCAGGGACCAGUGGGAUGGAGACCUACCCAGAGGAAGCAGAGCUGGAGGCUGAGUUCUAUAGGACCACAACCUAUGACUAUGUGUUUGCAUUGCCUUGUUUCAAAGUCAGCAUCAGGGAUUUGGGGGCCCAGUUCCUACCCCCACUGUAUUCCCUGGUGUUCAUUGUUGGCCUCCUGGGAAACAUGGUGGUCAUAGUGAUCCUCACAAAGUACAGGAGGCUUGGAAUCAUGACCAACAUCUACCUGCUCAACUUGGCCAUUUCUGACCUGCUCUUCCUCUUCACACUUCCCUUCUGGAUUUCCUAUGUUGCAUUGAAUAAGUGGGUGUUUGGACAUUUCAUGUGCAAGUUCCUGUCUGGCCUCUACUACGUGGGCUUGUACGGUGAGAUCUUCUUCAUCAUCCUGCUGACCAUUGACAGGUACCUGGCCAUCGUCCAUGCUGUGUUUGCCCUGCGAGCCCGGACUGUGACUUUUGGUGUCAUAACCAGUGUCAUCACCUGGGGCCUGGCAGGGCUAGCUGCCCUCCCUGAAUUCAUCUUCCAUGGGACCCAUGAGCACUUUGAAGAAUUUGUCUGUGGUCCUGUUUACCCAGAGGAGGAAGAAGACCACUGGAAGCGUUUCCAAGCUCUCAGGAUGAACAUUUUUGGUCUCGCACUCCCUCUGCUCCUUAUGGUUUUCUGCUACACGGGAAUCAUUAAAACCCUGCUGCGAUGUCCCAAUAAGAAAAAGUACAAGGCCAUCCGGCUCAUUUUUGUCAUAAUGGUCGUCUUUUUUAUUUUCUGGACACCUUACAACCUGGUUCUCCUUCUCUCUGCCUUUGAAGUGACCUUGUUGAACAACUGUGAGCAGAACAAACAGCUGGACAUGGCCCUGCAGGUGACAGAGGUGAUCGCCCACACCCACUGCUGUGUCAACCCCAUCAUCUAUGCCUUCGUGGGAGAGAGGUUCCGGAAAUACCUGCGCCACUUCUUCCACAGGAAUGUGGCUGUGCACUUGAGCAAAUACAUCCCCUUCCUCCCCAGUGAGAAACUGGAAAGAAGCAGCUCCAUUUCUCCAUCAUCGGGGGACCCAGAACUCUCCGUUGUGUUUUAGAUCUGGUGCAGAAAGCCUCCUAAA